GAAACAGUUAACACCGAGAGCGGAAGGAUACAUGUACGAGCCACAGGUAAGCUUUCCAGUGGAGGCCACGUAUGGCUGACGCCAAGAGCCAUUGAGGAUAUCGUGGACGUACCGGUACUUGCCUAAUACUGUCAGCCACCAAGUGACUUGAAUGGGGAUGAGAUAGCAGCAAGAUGAACUACUAAAAGGAACAACCUUGAAUAAAGUUAAUUUUGCCGCACAUCGGAGAUGGUGCGUUUAAUUUGAGACGGUAUGAUCGCUGGAAGCGGUGAUGAGGAAAUCCCGUCGGACGAGGAAAGGAGUUUAAAUUGCAAAUGCUGCGCCGCCGGAUCGACGAUUGUCGUUUCCACGUGGCAUCGGACGCGUUCUCCGCCGAAAUGUAAUUUUAGCGAAUAGAUCCAUCGUCGAAGGGGGGUCGUGUGAAAGACCUCGCGUCUAUAUCCAGUUCUUCAAGAUCAUGGACGUUAAUUAAUCGAGCAUUUAUUCGCCGAAUCAAGAUUACAGUGACUUUGAAUAACUCAUUGUCAGUCGUUAUAAACAAUUCGUAAAAGGACAUAAAUUAUACGUAAUCGACAUCUUCUUUUUCCUCGACUAAGAUGGGAAGAUUCACUGCGAACAGUGAAGUGAAAAAUAAUUUACCAGAGACGAUCAAACGUUUUGAAGAAACAUUUUCAGAAGAUAGCGUUACUACGAUCAGCUAAGUGAUUGUUAUGAAAAAUUGUUUUGGAAACUGAAUCAGUGUACGAUGAAAAAAUGACGAUAACGAAAAACGUAGACAAUGGUUUUUCUUAAAACAAUUGUUGUGUAUACGUAGUGACCGCGAUACUCGAGAUACUUGGUAAGCACAAGACAAUCAACCAUGUCGAUCUUACAUCUUUCAAACUUGCAUGGAUGGAGGAUGAAAUAGCUUGGAACUUUCUUCACCUUUAAACGAUCACAGUAAAGCAUUGAAACUAGUGUAUACGAGACAUUCAACGCGAAGAAGAUAGUCUUUCGGUCAGCUUCAGAGAAGUACACACAAGAUUCGUAAAACUAUAAAGAAGGAUCUCAGAGGCAUAAGAGCUAAACACGGACGUCGACGUAACUUAUGAUGGGCUGCAGACCGGCAGCAAAGUCGAAGGUGGCGGAAGGGUGCGGUCGCGGGCAGCUCCAGGCAGCUUCCUCGUCGCCGAGGUGUAACGAGGUGAUCAUCGAGCUUCCCAGCGAGACGACGAUCGUUCAGAAGCGAGAGGAUCGGGGUUCGAGCGCGGCCGCCGGGACGGAGGAGGAAGAGGAAGAGGAAGAACUGGCCAAAGAACGAGGUUCGUCGUGUUGGUCGUCGAGAUUCGAGCUGUCGUUCUCCGUGAACGAGUCGAGUUUCAGCAGAUAGCUGCCAAGUGAGAAUGCAGAGGCUGCGUUCGACCUUCAAGAGGUCGCGCACCCCGACGGGAGCGGAAAUGAAGUCGCAGUCGAGUCUCGAAGUACCGAAGCAAGUCAGGUCGGCCUCCUUCGACGAGAUCCAAUUGGAAGCUAAACGACAGGACGAUGCGAGGGACGGCAGAUCGACCAGGACCACGUCCUCCUCGUCGUCCUCGUGUUCACCAGCGAGGUCCCAAGAUUCGUCGCGUGGAAGACGAUCCGCGACGCUCAGGGUACCGCAACUGCACAGCGGCCAAAGGUCCAAGAGUUUCGACGUGGCUGAACGGAGCUAUGGAUCUUCCUCCAGUCAACAAUCUCUUGGCAGCGUUCGACGUCCGGAGACACCGACGAUUCAGAUCUCUGGAUGUUACCACUGUAUCUGCGUGGAAGAGUAUAAAAAUCUUUAUCUUAGUAGAGACGAGGAUGAUCCCUCGUCGAGAGAAGAUCUCGAUGAUGAAGCAGAUAUAGUAGACGACACUUCGGAGGACGAAGACUCUGAAUUAGUGGAUAAGGGCGAAGCUAGUCCAGAAAUUAGAGUCACGUUAACGACGUUUACCGAGAAAGAGCCAGGUGUUGCCGAUGUGGUGUCCGAAACGACGGUGCCACCCUCUACCGUGGUCCCUGAGGUCGUUCCUAAGGUGGUGCAAGAUGAAAUGUCCGAUAUCAGCGAGGUCAGAGGCGGUCUAUUUCCGGGCAGGGAACGUAGGAGGUCGAUCUCCUCUCCGAAACUUGCUCGACAAGAAGCUCUAACGUCGUACCCGCUAGAGCUUCCGACGGUGGUUAGCUCGACCGAGGACGAGGAAGAAUCGACCCACGAUCUUAGCUCGAGCAAGUGCAAGUUCGUCGUCAGAGAUAUCUUUUUGACCGUUCCGGAGUUGAAAAGGGAUCGCGCCGCAUCCGUGGACUCCUGCUUCAAUAACAAGAAUGGACAUGGCGAGGAUGCCGAUACGUUGACCGUUCCUCAGCAAAAUAUACGGUCGAAGAGCGUCGAUAUCGUUCUGCCUACCGAGGCGCAGACGAGGUACACGGCUCUGCUGCCUGACACCGAGGCUCGACCUCCAAGAGGAGGGAGAGAAGAGGGUGGAACGAGUGGCGGUCACCGUGAACCCCGAUCAACGCCCGAUUGGGGUCCCGGUGCACUUAAUGGAGAACAUCUUUGGGUACCGACGUCAGCUUCCGGUGACUUCUGUUACGUCAAUGACUGUUCGAAACACGGGCCCCGGAUGAAAUGCGCAGCCUGCAGAGUGGUAGCCCACGCUGUGUGCGCGGUGAGUUUGAACUUCGCUUGUAAAUCUAGCUUCCGGGAUGUCGGGGUCCGCCAGUAUCGGGAACAGACUAACACUCACCAUCACUGGGUACACCGACGAUCACAGAAGGGGAAAUGCGCAAAUUGCGGCAAGUCGUUCCAAUCGAAGCUGAGCUUCACCUCGAAGGAGAUUGUCGCGGUGAGCUGCAGCUGGUGCAAGCUGGCCUAUCACAACAAAGAAGCGUGCUUCAACGUUCAGAAGAUCGGAGAAAACUGCGAGUUAGGUAUUCACGCGUCUAUCGUAGUGCCACCAUCCUGGAUCGUGAAGCUUCCCAGGAAAGGCAGUUUCAAGAGUAGCUUGAGAAAAUCGCCGAGAAAGAAGAAAUCUGGAAGCGGUGCUGGCACUGUGUCUAACAGAAAGAAAUCGAAAGAAAAGGAUAAGGAUAAAGAACAGGAUAAGGAUCAGGGGAUGUUGUGGGUGGUGAAACCUAUACCUACGCCAUCUGUGAAACCGGUGCUGGUUUUCAUUAACCCAAAAUCGGGCGGCAAUCAGGGAGCCAAGCUUUUACAGAAGUUCCAGUGGCUGUUAAAUCCGAGGCAAGUCUUCGAUCUGACUCAGGGUGGACCCAAGAUGGGGUUGGAAUUAUUCAAGACAGUUCCUAAUCUACGAGUUCUGGCGUGUGGCGGCGACGGUACGGUCGGUUGGGUAUUAUCGAUCCUGGAUCAGAUCGGCGCAUCUCCUCCACCAGCGGUGGGCGUGCUUCCUCUGGGAACCGGAAACGAUCUGGCCAGGGCAUUAGGAUGGGGCGGCGGUUACACUGACGAGCCAAUUGGGAAGAUUUUGACGAAUAUCGGAGAGAGCGACACGACGUUGUUGGAUAGAUGGCAACUGGUAGUGGAGAGAAAUCCUGAUGCGCAAGGCGACGAUGAUAAUGGCAAAGGCAAAGAGAAUCUACCUCUGAACGUCGUUAAUAAUUACUUCUCUCUUGGUGUGGAUGCGCACAUUGCCCUUGAAUUUCACGAAGCUCGAGAGGCGCAUCCAGAAAGAUUUAACUCGCGGCUACGAAACAAAAUGUUUUAUGGUCAAAUGGGUGGUAAGGAUCUCGUGCGACGAAAAUGGAAGGAUCUCUCAGAAUUCGUGACGUUGGACUGCGACGGCCAGGAUAUGACACCGAAAUUGAAGGAGCAUCGAGUUCACGCUAUAGUCUUCUUGAACAUCGCCUCGUACGGCGGCGGAACGCACCCUUGGGGUGCUGCGAGUGGAACCAAAGAACCAUCGACGGACGAUGGAAUGAUCGAGGUUGUUGGUUUAACGACGUACCAGCUUCCGCUUCUUCAAGCAGGUGGACACGGCACCUGCAUUGCUCAAUGUAGCACAGCUAAGCUGGUUACUACAAGGACCAUUCCAAUGCAGGUCGAUGGCGAGGCUUGUCGACUGCUGCCAUCCAUUAUAAACCUAAAACUGCUAAACAAAGCGACAAUGCUAGCGAAACGAAGGAACGCGAGCAAACCUCAGCAAGACGUCAAACUGGAGAGGUUAAAACUGCCGGUGAUGAAGAUCAAGAUGUUAGAUUACGAGAGGUAUCAUCACGAUAAAGAUAUGUUGAAGAAGGCCGCGACCACAUGGAUCGCAGAUCCACUUGAUCUCGACGCUACCACCGACCUAGAAUCACUGAGGAAGAUCCUGGCAAAAGACCAUAACAUGGACACUUGUUGCUUCCUCGACUCGUGUACCGCGGAACGAUUCUUUAGGAUUGAUAGAGCUCAAGAGCAACUCCAUUACGUGACUGAUGUAGCUGUCGAAGCGGUGUACGUCCUCGAGGAGAGUACCUCCAAUCAGUCGAACGAGGCUGAUGGGACGAAGAUGUCUACGAGCCAAGAAUCGGCAGCCGCUCAUCCGUCGCCAAGCGAAGAACGACCAAAGACAAAUGCAGCCAUGACAAACGAGAAGCGUAAAGAAGAGCCAAAGGCGCAGCCAGUUUCGGAACCACAGAAUGCAACGCCUGAAACUGCAGCGUCUGAAACUACAGCGCCUGAAAUUGCAGCGCCUGAAGCUGCAGCGUCUGAAUCACAACCUGAAUCUUCAGCGCCUGAAUUACCACCUGAAACUGCAGCGCCUGAAUCACCACAUGAAACACCACUUGAAACGAAGACACAGGACAAGGAUCAGGAUACUGCGAAAUCUCAUGAAUCGAUGAGUAAAGAUGCGCCUCAGGAUGAAUCUCCAAAUGUGAAGAAGGAGGAAAAAAUAUCUGGAGACGCGAACAAGCAAAGCAGUUCCUCAAAAUCAAUCUCUGCCACGGUUGUCUCACAGUCACAAAAUCAAACACCACCUACCUUCAUUAGUCCACGAGAUAGACUUUUUGGCUUGAGUUCUGAGGUUCACACGUUUCACACGAGAUUACUUGAGAAAGCCAGCGAUGGUAUUUUGAAAGCAGCGAAAAUCGGCGAUCUACAGGCUUUGAAAGAAUUUCACGAGAAAGGAUACUCUCUUCUAUCCAUUGACUCCACUGGACAAACUGCUCUUCACCUAGCGUCGAGAUAUGGUCACAAGGAUAUUGUCAGAUAUCUGAUCGCUUGCGCACCAUCGAGUAUUCUCAAUAUGAUCGACAACGACAAAGGUCAAACCGCUCUGCACAAAGCGGCUCAAUAUAAACGUCGUUCCAUUUGCUGCAUGUUAGUGGCUGGCGGUGCUACUUUAAUCAUCAAGGAUCGACACGGCAACACACCUCGCGAUCUAGCCCUGCAAGCGGAGGACCGUGACCUCGCGGCGUAUUUAUGCAGUCAAGAGCAGUUCCAGCUGACAACAGAAGAAAUGGAGAACGCGCUCUGACCUCCGGCCGUAAUUGGUAGAGCCUGAGCUGAUCCUGAGUAAAAUUCUAUCUUCGAUGGAACAACCAGAGGGAGAUCCAGGCGACGAUCGUCAUCGACAUCGGUCAUCAACGAUACACGUUCGUUUUCCCUCUCUCUCUCUCUCUUUCUCUCUCUUUCUCUCUCUCUAUCUAUCUCUCUCUCUCUUUUUGUUUGCGUAAGUCGCAUGUGAUAAAUCGAUAUUUAUUCCAUCGACAGAUUAGCGAUGUCGACGCGUAAUUUACCAAGGUGCUCUCCAACCUUUCUCGUCGGAGCCUCGAGAUCCCUUUCUACGAACGUGUAAAUUAAUUACAUUCUGCAUAGGUGAACAAUACAUAGAUACAUACGUGUUACAUAUGUACGUGCGUACAUGUGUUGUAUAAAGAUUAGGAAACUUUUUCGAUCGAUUACGAGCCUCUACAUGCAUACACGUAUAUAUUUUUAAAAUCGUACUCUCGUAUAGCUAAGAGAGGAAGCGUAUAAUAAUUUGCGUACGCAUAUUUCUUCUCGACUUAUCAACGACGAAAACGCGCGAACAGAUUGUCCGUAAAUUUUUUCGAAGAUAGUCGCACGAAUGUCGAGGAAUAAUACACGCGUGUGUAGAAGAUUCAAGUGUAAUUAGGAAACUUUUUGCUCAUUCGCGACGUCGCUGUUGCGUGUAACGUAUCGGCGAGUUUUAAGGGUGUGGAACUUGACGGGGUACGACCCGAGAAAGAAACCGAAUUAAUGAGAGGCUAGGAUCAAAGGAAUAUGAUAAUUGGAAACAUUAAAUCGAGUAGCUGAUGUAUUAUAAAGACUAAUCUUCACCGUAUUCGUUUGUAUGAUUUUUUAUUUUAUAUUUUUCUACGUUCCAUUUUCUAGGUAUUACGAGUUGACGAAGUAUAAAUAAACUAUCUUUAUCAAUUUAGCUCUGUCGUUCUACGUAGACGCGAUUUUUACAAUUUUUCGCCUCCGCGUUUUAGUAGCGAACGCUGUCGCCUUCUUUCAAACGCGGAGGACGCGUAGUUUCUAGGGAUUAGCGUUCACAGAGUUGGACAGAAUUUUUCGUUCCAAUUGAAAUUAGAAUUAUUCGUUCCAUCAUCGUGAUCGUUAGGAUCGUUGAUCCACCGUAGAAUUCUCUUUGUUGUCCGUUGAAAUUUUUCAGAAUUGCUCCCAUAAAUUUUUCUUUCUGUUAUUACUCGAUCGAUCAUUCGAGCUGUACGAGUCUACAUUCGAAGAAACGUUUUUGAUAAUCGUGAUCGACAAGCGAAAUAUUUAUCGUGACGGUUAUUUGUUGAAUUUCGUCAAGAAGGAAAGAAGUUCUAUCCGACUCUGCUGGUAUACAAACGUUUACUUAAACUAUCUUGUUAAAUUGUUCUCUUCGCUUGUUCUAGGAUACCUCGUCGCAUCGGGUAUACAUAUCUUUUUCUAUUUAAAGAAAUAAAUCCCGCGUUAAUGUAUAUAUAUAUAUAUAUAUACAUACAUAUAUUUUCUACGUAUGUUAAAAUACUGAUAUAAUAUUUAUUGUUCUUAAGAUACAGAGGUUUCUUCACGAUGCUGUUUUUUCUUGUCAUGUGAACAUUUGUCAAACUUCUUGGCACUGCUUGGACACACACACACACACACACGCGCGCGCGUGAACACAUGCAUACACACGAUUACACACACAAUUUCAAAAAAAAAAAAAGGAACUACUGAGAUAAGGGAAGUAUGCAUGGAUUUAAUAGAAAAAUCUAUGAAAAAUAUUUGGGAAGUUGGAUAAUACAAUCUACUUUGAAAAGCUUCAUACGUGGGAUUAGCGUGAUAUAAUCGAUUUAACGUAUUUGCGUGAUCACCAGAAAUUUAAUCGACAUAUCUUCUAGCGUUAUAUAUGAUAUCGAGAUACAAUCAGGAGUUUCGUGAUGAAAAACACCGAUUGAAACGAAAUUGCGCCAGUCAGUCGAUGAACCAACAAAGUCUUAAGUCGCAGUUUCAUAUGGAAUCCAUAACGGAGGUACCUCCAUCAAAAUUUAUGAACAGAAAAGUUGUCUUGGGAUAAAAUAAUACAAUCGUAAGCAUCGAUCGCAGAAUAAUUUUCUAACAUCCCUUCCAUGCCAACACGAGUAUUCUUUUAUCCUUUUAACAUACAUGUAUGUUGGUUCAUAAUAACAUGUAUGUUGUUCAAUUAGAAACAACUAAUUGAAUAUUUCAAUCCUCUGCAAGCUCUUUAAUACGCAGCUUCAGGGUGUAUUUCGAUGUAAUUACACAAUAACUUUUAAUUCUCUCCAGGCGCAUUAAAAGCAGCUUUCCCUGCGAAUUUUUAUUGAAUUCACGUGCUUGGAGCAUGAGAACGCGAUUUAAGGAUUCCAUUAUUCGCAAGAGAUCCAUUGUAUCGCGCCUAUCCAUAAAAGUGAUCGGAAGUAACGAAGUCUUCGAGAAACGUAGCCAAGCAGCGACGUUCAACCAUUUGAGCGAUAUUAAAAUCGAUUGAGAAACGAGAACAAGCAGAGGUCGGAUAAAAAUGAUAGGGCGAAUAAUGAUAAACGAAUGGGAUAAGCGAUCGAGGAGAAGAAUUAUCAUAACUCGGUACCAAAAUGAAAAAAGGGAUCAACGUACGAACACCAAUUAGCUCUUAAAAAGACGGUCUAUCGUCGCUUAUUAUAUUAUACUAUUACUAGACUACUCUAAUUUUAUUGUCGAAUUAUAUCGUAUAACGUAUACAUAUGGUACUCGUUCGAGCAUCGUUCGUUCCUACGGACACGUGAGAUCGUUUUCUUCAACACGAUGGAGUUACGAUAAUAUACUUUUAGACGUCUACGAGGUAAGUUAUCCGUGUUGGACACCCGCGAACGCGUUCACGAAUGUUUAAUAUCAAAUACUCUCUUUUUCUCUCUCUCUCUCUCUCUUUCUUUGUCUCUCUCUACUCGAUUCGCGAUAGCAUUAAGUAUUUAAAUAACUACUUCGAAACGUAUUGUAUAUGAUAAUAAUUUCUUGUUUCAUGCGUGUUUCGUGUGUAUCUGUUUCUCGCGCUCUCAUCAGGGAGAGCCAUCUUUCAUCUUCCAGUUCUAUCGACCGGCAUAUAUUUUUAUCGUUAGACGAAUAAUCCAAGAAAUUCCUAUGAGAAACGAUCUUCGAACGUUUCAACGAUUUCAUGAUCUAGCAGCGUUGUAGUGAUUCGCGAGAGGAACUCGAUAUUAACAAAUUAACGAUCAACGUUAGAUCGAUGUGCAACGAUUUAUAUAAAUUGUCCACGCAUCGAUUCGUCUGAAUUCUUUCGAUUCGUAUCCAGCUUCGACUGUAGUCGCGUUAAGAAGCGUGAAAAAUACGAGUACGUAGGAUGUACAGUAGGUCGGGUGAAAUAGAUCGAGAGAAAUCGUAUUCGCGCGUGUCCGCUCCUCGUUUGUCUCUUAUCCUCUGUAAUUAAACUGAUAUUUUUAAGUGAUCGAGUUAAAGAACGAGAUUAGAGAAGUUCCGCGGCGAGGAAUCGUACGUGCGUAUACGGCCGCAUAUCAAAUAAAUUAAUUGUAAGUAUAUCGGUAGAGAAUGCUGGUAUAUCCAAUAUAGCGAUGGUGAAUCGAUUCUAGAAAUGCCUUCGAACGUAAGAUACGUUGUUCUGAUUAUUUUUUAUAUGUAGCGUAAUCACGAUGCCUUUGUAACUCUAUCCCGGUUAAAUGUGCAUCGUUCAUCGAACGGACGAUCGAUUUUCCAUUGUAUUUAACGCCCCUAUUAUUUAACGAGAACAAACCUCAGGUCUUACGUUCGAUGAACGUCGCAACGAUUUAGAGAAGCACGAAGAAAGAAGAAGCCAGAAUUGUACGCUGAAAUAUAGCUUUAAACAUUGGUUGAACGUUUUAUUCGAUUGAGAGAAGCUUCGUCUCGCUUAUUUAAAUUAAGCCGAACGAACGGAAAUGUUUUAAUUUAAAUGAUAUUGAAAUUUUCCAAGUUCUCAAUGAAACAUUCGUUAACUCCAACGUUAUUUGAAUUUCAUUAAAAAUUUCAAUUAAACUUGCGUUCAGAGUAAAAGAUCCUACCCUCGUUCUGUUUUUCGUUUCCAUUCCGGCGUUUAUGUUCCGUUGUCCUCGGUUCAAGUUAUCGUAGAAUAGCCAUCGUUUCCUUCGAGUUUCGUCGAACCGUUACGUCGUCAUCUACGUUAACGUACAUCGUGAUUAUAGCCACCUGUGUAAAAUUUCGAUUCGAUGAGCGAACGUUUCUUUUUAGGAAUCGAUCCACAAGUAAGAUUGUUCUUGCGAUCGUUCUAUCGUUUCUCGCCUCGCGACGAUCCUUCGGUGAUGUGUGAUAUCGCGCGUCGAAACGUGUAAAUCGUUAAAUCGAACGAUAAGAUUUAAAUACUUACGAAUCGUGUUAAAUCGUCGUGUUAUUAAAUACGAAAGUUAUAAGAAAAGAUUUGUUCUUUCUUUCUUUUUUUUCUUUUUCUUCUUAUUUCAUCUAUCGCCUAAUGGGAUGGAUCGUGAUGCAUUCGAAUCGUUUCAAUUACUCGGAGAUUUCGAUGCGCGUUUGCAUAACUUCUUUACCGAUCGAGUUUAGGCACCGGUUAUAAUAUCCGAAUUUUGCACUUUUUGAAUCGUACGUCACGUUCGUGUAGAUGUUUCAAAGAAUAUUUUCCUAGAUUCUAAGAUCUGUACAGAAGAAGCUAUAACGAAGAAAUAACGAAGGUUACGAUAAAUAAAUGCUCGAUGAUGAUGUGAUCGAUCAAUGGAGCGAAGCAGUUAACAAAGGAUGAAUGAACAGCGUUAUUAAUGUUAAAGUUGAAUUUCAUUAUUAGCUGACGGAAGUUGCGAGUUUAUUUUAAGGGAUCAUUGUUGGAACAUUGUGCGGUUAAAGGUUUUUUUUCAAAUACCUGGGGAAUAAUGUUUAUUCGAGAUCACUAUAGAAAAUAGAGAUAAAAUAGGAAUAAUUUUAAUCGUAGAAUAAUACAAUAUUAUUCUUAAAUCUUAACGGAUAUGAAAAUAGACACGUACGUGUAAAUACUUGGAAUAGAAGAUAUUUAAAUUUCAUGCCACUUGUUCGUUGCAUCAAUCGAUCGAUAAUCCCGAUAUCGUGAUAACAAUCGUCUCGAUAAAAAUUUAGUUCUUCUGGAAGAUAUAACCGCUUCGAUGAAAGGGAGAAGAAUCUGUUUUACGCGUUAUCCAAUAUCUUUUCGAUAUAUCGGAAAGUCUCGCACGCGUAUGUAUAUUGAAAUCUCAAAUAGUCGCAAUUUAACAUAUUGAAUAGAAGAAAAAGGAAAAAGAAAAAAAAGAAAACGAUCGAUUAUAUCUGUGGAAAUGUUCGACUUUUUUAAAAAAUUGUCCGUGACAUUUUAUUCUCGUAACGUAACGUAACGUAACGUCAGUAGUCGAUUUAUUGAUACGUGCGUAUAUAAAUGUAUUUUUACUGAGAUUAUCACGAUUAAUCGAUGAUCACGAAACAAACACGUAUUAAAGUUUUCACAGACGAAUUCAAAUUUUCUAAUCCCCUGCCAACUUCAUUGUAAUUAAGGCGACGUUUUAAAUGGUUUUCCAUUGCUUCCCAAAUUUUUGGACCAUUUCUCUUCGAACGUAACAGAGCGAUUCGAGAUUCCCUUUGAACUUUCUCGUGUUAAUCUUACGCUUUAACCUUCGUCGACGUCCAAUAAAGCGCGACUCCUGUUCUCCCUUUCUUUUCCCUUUUGUAUUUGUCAUUUUCUUCUUUUCUAAAGCGAUGGUCAACAGAGAACCGUUCUAUCGUGAAAAUUCAUUGCGUCACGGUGUUUCUUAGAAAUUCAACAUUCCGGAACAAGUGAAAGCGAAAGCGUUCACAUAGAUCGAAGCAUGCUGUUAGUCGAACAACAUUUAGCUUUGAAAUUUUAAUGCCAAAGCGGGCAUCAUAAUAUUCGAGAAGCAUGGAAAUGUCAGUAAAUAUUAAUGUUGUUAUUCGAUGCAUUUUCAAGCGAGAGGUUUGAGAAUAAUAGCGCGUCUAUGGCGAUCGACGGUAAAUUUUUUAUUAACGACUCCUGAAGAUAUUCGGGGUGAUUUACCUGAUGCGGCGACUCGAAUUUAUUGUACCAUAUUCGUUGUACAAAAAUGUGUAUGGCACGAAGAUCGCAUAAUUUGAAGAAGUAAAAGCACGUUAUAAGAAUUAUUCUUUUCGUCUACGAUAGUCAUACAAGGUUUUGAAGAUCGCUUAUCUUUGCGGUUAUUAAAAGAGUAUUAAAAUUUGAAUAAAAAUUGUAUGCGUCAAAUACGACAUAGACUCCUCCUUUUUUUUCAUUUAUUCGUUGUUAAAUUUUCCUACUUCGAUCAUCGUUGCGUGAUUAUAAAAUUAUGUUAUGACGUAGUUUGCAUUAUAUGAUAAACAAUUCCAAGUAUAUAUCAUACUUUUGCUUCCAAAGAGUUUAUUGAUAUUCUAAAUUUAGUUAGAAUACUAAUGAAUACAUUGUGCGACCUCCGAUGGAAACCAAAAAUAAAACUUACAUCCAGUAGGCAAAAAUAAAGCUUAUAUCGAGCAAGUAAAAAUAUUCUUCCACUUAUUUCUUCAGUAAGAUGUGCAUAAAAGAUCAAGAAAUCGAAUCUAACUAUAUUAUAGGUAUUACGACUGGAUAUUUUAAUUUGGAAUUUCAGCUUUAUUUUCAAGCUCCGUACUAUGAAUUUUCUCAUAGCAUGAAACAUAUUGAUCUUGCUCACAGUCGCUGACAAGAAUCUCGAGAAACACUGUAACGUGACGAUUAAACUUCAUCAUCGAGUAUAAUUUCUCGAGUAUAUUUCUACAAUGUGUAUAAAAAUACGAAGAAACGUUAAUACUAAUAUCGAAUUUCACGAGAUUUAUAUUAUCGUACAUGAUCUGUUAUAGAAAUAAGGAGGUUGAAGGAGGAGGAGGGUAACGUUGGCAAAAGAUCAAAAGUGGUUUCAUCAUCCUUCCAGAAGGACGAAUGUAAAAUAAUUUCAUUUUCUGGUUUCUAGCAGAAUUGCUCUUAUUCGAACGUUAUUCUUUUAUUUGGAUUGCAUAAUUGCAGCAAGAAAUAAGUAAAUAAACGCCAUAUGUAAAUUCAGAUAUAUUUGAAUUAAAAUAUUCCAAAUUUAAAUUCUUUCAUACGAUGUAAUUAUCGAGUAAUAAUAUCCUCAAUUCUUCCAUAUUGCAUUGUCUUUCAGCGUAUUUUGGUCUGCGAACGAAUUAUGAUAAUGAGAAUUUAACUUCCCUGCUGCUUACAUUUAAAUUUAUUACUUAAAAUGAAAAAUUAUAUUAAAUUCGUUCCAGAUUUCAGACAUUGAAAAUUCCAUCAGACUGAUUGUGCAAGCGAAUCUUCUAAAGGACAAAUACCUCCGAUAUUGCUGCAAAAAGAAAGAAAGGACAUGUCUCUGUCGAUGUAUCGCUUCUCAAGGGAACCUGUUACUUUGAUUUUUCAAAAUAAAGCCUUUGUAAAUAUAAUCUCCUUAUUUUUUAUAACAGAUCGCGUAUUUGUAAUACACAUACGAACUAUCAAGUCAAGUAACGAGUAAUACGAGUGUUUAAAAAAAAAAAUCGCGUAUUAAAAGAGAAGUCUGAAAGAAGGACAUCAGAGAAUGUUAAGAAUAUCGAAAGAACAGUCUACGGACAAAUAAAAAACUAUCUAGAAAUAAAGGAGCAAGUAUCGAUAACUGAAAUAAUUACUUUAUAUGUAACUUUGUUAAACGAUGAAGAUACUCGCAUUGCUCGUGGAACGAUCUUAAACGACUACUUAACGAAGAGAUGAAAAAGUCAAUGCCGUUCGAGGUUCGCGACUGUGUAUCGAGUUUAAGGGAGAACCGGAAUCAAGAAGAUAAUGAGAAACGAGGGACGUUCCCGAAAGUUUGAAAGUUUCCUUCGGAUCAAAUCGACUUAUCGGUAUAUACAAAUAUUUUCACUGAUUUCCUCUCGCAAAGUAAUUUCCUUUUCGUCGUCGAUCAUAAAACCGUGUGCCUAUCACUCGGUUUUAGUAUUAUUAUUCGUUAGGGGAAUAAUGGUUCUCGUAAUCGCGCCAAUUACCACGGCCGCGAUUAGAUUGAGAUCGCGACAGGCAAAGCUUUCACGCGAGAUCGAUCAUCAGAACCGUGAAGAAGGACAGUGAAGAAGCCAUUACUAGUUAAUGCAUAUGAAAUGUCGUUUCUCCGCAGUUUCAAUUUGAUAGGCAAUGGACCAGUCAUGAAAUUUUCUCCUAUCGUCAAUUAUUCGAUUUGAGCGUCAAAGGAAGAAGACAUGUCCUAUGAAUCGCAUUAGAAAUAUUUCGAAUACAAAUAUCCAAAUUAUAUUUCGUGCGAUUUUCUUGCAUGAGUUUUCGAGAAGAUGUUCUAAAAGUGAACAUAAACGAAACUUGGCAUUUGUAGAUGGUCAAAAAGACAUUCUGUACGUAUAUUUCAAUCUUUUAACAUACAAAUUAUCUUAAAGGAAAUUGUAACAACAAUUCAACAAACUCUGAAUGUUAGAACUGGCAAUUCUUAUAAAUUCCGAACAAUGAAGUUAAUCGUGAAGGUGCAUUGUAUCGUACGAGAAUUAAUUUCAUCGAAUAUAUGACGUUUCGAACAAACUACGUGUCCUCAAAAUCUAAUUAGAGAAAGUGACGUUCCGUAUGCAUCAACCGAAACGAAUAAUUCCGCGUAAUGAACGAAUCGCGAACGUAUCACGAGUAGAGCAACCAAAGGAACGAGAGUGGCAAAAAGGUGAAUAAACGUGAAGAAUAAAAGGAGAAAAAGGAACAAAAAAAAGAAAAAUAGAGAAUGUGAGAUGAUAAUCGGAGAGUGUGUGCGAGAGUAUGAGCGUGUAAAAAUGGCGCGGAAUUUCCCAAAGAGGAAAAAGAAACACAGUAUUGCCUUUCUCAGGGACGCGGCCUUGGCCCGUGAGUUUCACCUUAAGUUCUUAGAGCAAUAAAUCAGCGACAAUCAGGGCGUUUCGGGCCGAGUUCGCGUCGCUGAAACAUCUUCUCGUUUGUCCCGUGUGCGCGUUUCCACUUCUGUCCUCUACGCUUAGUACGACGACGACGACGACGAAACCACGCUGAGCCGCGAUUCAUGUGAAUACUUAACUAAUUUCGCGCGCUCGACUUAAUACAACAGUGCCUGCUCAACUGUCGCAGGUGAGGAACCGAAGAAAUCGUGUUGUCGUGAAGUUGUGUAGAGGAAAUAAAUAUAUAUACAUAUAUAUGUAUAUAUAUAAUACGUAAUGGUGUAAUAUUUUGGAAAUGAAGCGAUCGAUUCGUGAAAACCUUAAAUUCUAUCGAAUUUACAUAUUUAUAUUUUAAAAAUUGUUAGUUGUUAUUUUUGGGUUUUUCUCUUAAGUGACUUCCUACUGUCUCAUUCUACCACAGUGAACAGCGAAUGAAAUUGGAAAAGUUUUCAAUUCGAACAGCUGUGUUACGAUAUGUGGCACAAAUCUGCACGAAACUCUUGGAAUAUCUGUUUUUAACAAAAACUUAGUAUCUCACGUAGAAUGUGAACUUAUGGUUUCACGCGUCUUUUAAAUAAUAUACCAAUAGAUUGCGGAUCUUUAUGUAAAUUCAUAUUUCACGGAGGUACUACUAUAUUAUGAAUAUUUUACAUAUUUUCGAACGUUACGUGUAUUCGGUGUAAGGUAUUUGUGCAGUCAUACGAUUCUCAUAAAUGCAUAAAAAUUUUAACGUAUUUAAAUAUUAAAUUGAACGAUAUUGUUCCAUAUUUCUUGAUAGUUAUUUAAUUCUUACGAAAUUUGGAUCAAAUUUCUGUCCCAAGACUUUCGAACGGUGGUGUACGUGUAGAUAUUUGAAUUUUGACGAAUUACUUAUUUAUUACGUAUUUGUUCACACACAAAGGUUGUAAUAGAUUAUUAAGAUAAAAUAUGACGUAAUUUAUUUCCGUAAUAGUGUUUCCUUUAUUAUCAUUAUGCUAUUAUUUUAGAAUUAUUUACGUCCUUAUUAUAGCAUUAUUAUUUAUAUUUAUAUUCUUAUUGCCUUAUUAUUCGUCGUAUUAUCGACAGGAGAAUUACGAAAUCUGUCAAAAUAAGAUGUUUCGGAAACUUAUUGUCUGUUGAAACUAUGCAAAUGUUUUUAUCGAAAUUAUAUACAGUGUUAGCUUUUAUCAAGAUAAAAGUAUAAUCAUAUAUAUUUAUUUAUUUUCAAUAAACGCGUCUAAUAUAAUUAUUUACCAUGGCACAUUACAAGUCGGUAGUUCUAAUAUUAAUUAAUGUUAAUAGCGUUAAUGUACGUUACGUUACGCGUAAUGCAAAAUUGUUCAGGAUCGCGUUUAACGUUAUCUCCAUAAAAUCCUAUUAAUUCACUCUGAAUUAAUCCGACGAUCAUAAAGUAUCCAUGUCGAUACGAAUGAGAAGAUAGUUAAAUUCUUACUAAAAUCUGCCCACGGUCUGUAAUUUUAUUGAAAGCAAUAUUAAUGGAGAUACGAUGCAUAGGAUGUCGAUGCACCUUGACAUGCGGCAGUUAAACAGGCUUCGAUGUAUUUCCGGUCCACGCUCGCAAUGUCUCGUCGACUAUUGGUGGCGUCAGGAUCGAUGCAUACAAGUGGGUUUUGUCGCGUGGAUAUUUCUUUUUGCGCGCGUAUUUUUCUUUUCGCGUGAGCGAAACUUGCGUUUCAGAAAUAGAAAAAGGCGCAACGUUAUAAUCUCACGACGCGACGGUCAAUUUUCGCCUGUUGCGAAUUCUCGCGUGUCGCUGAUGCAUUCGCGAGCAUUGCGACAUUUAGCUGAAGAUAAAAUUCACUCGCCCACAUCGGGCUAUAGUCGCGUGAAACUUUGUAUUUAACGCUUCGCUAACCCUUUCGUUGCUGCGGGUGAUUAUAAUCAUCCAACAUCGAGCGCUUUCUAACAAAGGUGACUAUAGUUACUCGUCAAAAUGUCGUAUUAGUCGUUAACUACAAUUAAUAAAGGAAAUUUCAUAUUUUAGCUGUACUAUAAUUAUUUGAUACAGCUGUAAAUAAUGUUUGACGUAAUACGGUUGAUCGUUAACGAUGAUUAUAGUCAUCCGUUAAAAUUUCGGAUUAUUAUAGUCACCGGAUAAUAAUACCAAUUGUAUUUAGUUAACGACCGUGACUGAACACAGCAUAGUUUGAUAUUUCUGGUUAAUACAUUCACUGUUAUUGACGCUCAUGUUGCGCUGACUCAAAUAUUUGAGUAAUCCUGCUGACGCAACCACUGACAGAAUGAUUUAUUUAGGCAGGCAAACAGAGCGGUGGCCAGCGUAACGAAAGAUUAUUGCUUGAAAUGAAGACAUUUCCUAUGAGAGAAAAAUCUAAUUCGAGGAAUAGGUGAUUGCAUUUUAGCAGCGGUGAACAUUUCAAGCGAGAUUUUCGUCUAGAAUUGUGCUAUUUUUGUAUUUUGUUACAUUACUUUGAUAUACACUACGAGUCAAAGGUUUGAGAUUAUUAUGCGUUUCGUAGAGUCUAAGAACUUUUAACAAUAUUAGCUUAGAAUAUUUUUUCAUAAUAAAUCUGUCGAAACGAAGGAAAUUGUUAUUCGUAUCUGCUUUAUUUUUACAUUAAUUUCGAAUAAAUAACAAAAUUAGAAAAUGAUCUAGCCAACUAAUUUCAAAUUUUUGUCCGAUAAUGUAUAUCAUAUAGUGUGUUUUAAUAUCUUCCAUGAUAGAUUAUUCUGACGUGUAUUUCUUUAGAAUUCGUUAUGCGUUAUGUAAUACGUUGACUGCUGCCCGAUUGUCUUACUAUUUCGUUAUAAAACAAGUUUGUUUAAACAGACUACAGUUGCAUUUAAAAGACUGUAUAUAUUAGUACGUAUGAUAUUAAGGACAUCUAUUUAAUUUAAAUACUUUAAUCGAUUCACGUUGAUGGCAGUCAACGUGUCAAUCUCGAAUGACUCGAAUAAAAGACAAAAUUUACAUUGUUAAUAAUUUAUAACGUGUGUAAGAUAUAGUUCCGCUGUUAUAAUAUCGUUAUAUAAUAACGAACUAUCGUAUUAAUCGUUAAUUGCAUUCUAACGAAAGGGUUAAAGUGUGAAAUUCGUCGACAAUGACAAAAGAAAACUACCCCUUGGCUCUUUAACAGGUUUGAUACAUAAAGCCCUAAUCUCUCUCUCAGAAAAUUAUAUGUGCGUGGAAUCCUUUUAGCAGUGGACGUUGUAUCAAUCUUGUCGAAUUUCGCUAAAUGAAUUCACGUUCUCUAGUUUCUCUCGCAACGAAUAUAAGAAAAUUUUACGCCUAUAUUUUUUACGAUAAUAGGUAUGCUAAUAAAGAUACGAUAAAUACCAAUAACCAGUUACAUUUGGAUGUUUAUGCAUUUAAAAAUUCCAAAAAUUUACAGAAUGUACCAAAUAAUCCACCAUAUACAAAAUAUUCAAAUUGAUAGUAAAAGAUAUGCAAAAAUAUGCAUUUCUUUAGACGUAUUUGCAAGAAUGCAAAUUUGCGUAAACAUCCGCGGUUCGCGUAUUAAUUAAUAUUAAUAAAUCCAAUCGAGUGAAGCGACAUUACCACGGAGUAAUGACGUUACGAACAGCCUUUGCAAUUUAUCACGCUUUCUGUGAAAACAUUUAACAGGCGCGUUCCUUCGCAAAAAUCAAUUGCGUAACGCAGCGAACGAAACCGCAUUUCCGUCUGUUUCUCCGUCUAAUCUGUCGAAAUACGAAAAGAAGAAAAAGCAAAAACACAGGCGGAAAGGAGAGAAAAAGAAAAUAUAGAUUAGGAAGCGUGAACCGAUUCUGAAGCGAAUCGAAACGGAGCCAGGGGAAUGUUUAAUCGAUUCGCGCGACGAUUUUAGCCGGUAGGGUUAACCGUGCGCCACUAAUUUAGACUGCAGCUGGUCUGUUUUGACUGCGGCAGAACGGGAAAACAAAAGGGGCACUGUUGUAGCUCGCCGUGCAUUGUGAACGUCGACCUAAAUACUACGAUUUUCCCCUCGGUAACGAGCCGAGCUUAGUCCGUUCGUAUUUCAUUGUCACGAAAGUUGUUGGGUGGUCUGUUCUAUUCCUAUAUUCUGUCCACGUCAAACGUGGCUGCUUGCCGAAGUUGUGAAAAUUCUUUCCGCUGGAAAUCUACGCGGAAGAAUCGCAGAAGGUUUAUUUUAAUUUAUCUAAUCGUCUAUGGCUGAUCAUGAUGCUGGUCGAUCGUUGAGUGACGAUUUAUUAACAGUCUCGCUGCUAUUGACGCGUACGUUGUGGUACUUCGUCCCGUAAUUGGUAAGAUGGGCUCUGUGAAACCUUAGGAAUCGUUAUUUUUAACGUCGUAUCGUUAACCAACGUAUAACUUAAUAAUUAUCGGUCUACGCUAUCGUCGCAUAAGCCACAGGACGCUUAAAACAGGUACAGACGAACGUUGGAGUUACAAAGUUAAAUCGAUAUUAAAUUGUCAUCUUUGCGUGUACUUUUCGCAAUUAAAAAAUUGAAUUGUACGUGUUACAUUUUGAAGAUUUUAUUACAAACUUAUUUUAUCAACGUGUAUGUGUAGGACAAAGAAAAGUCGCGUAACUUAUGGACGGAAGUGCAUACAAUAUCCAUACAAUUCAUAGUAACACGUUUUGUAAAUUUCUGAUCAUUUCUGUCCACGUGUUAAAAUGAUCGCUACACCAGUUAUGGCUUAAUCUUAAGUGAUAUCGCGACCACGAAUAUUACACAUCUGCUUUUAUGUAUUUUGAUGAAAUAACUUCGAAACAAGCAAUGGAUAUCGUCAUAGAACAAAUAUUAUUAAUAUAAAAUUAAGAAAUUUUUGAUGGGAAAGAAAAAGGGUAAAAUUGUAUGUGCGGUGAUCACACGUCGUUAAUAGCAGUGAAUAUAUUAACUGGUUUGCGCUGAAUGAAUUGAAGAUUUUUUCUCGGAUUUUUUUUUUUUUUUUUUUUUAAGUAUUAAAGAAGUUUGUUUAAGUUUAAUGAAAACUGUGAGUUUGGUAGAAUUGAAUUGAUUUAGAGGUAGAUACAUCUGCAUUUUUGUAAUCAUUAGGACAUUUAUGGACAAUUGAGAAGUUAUUGAAACGUAUUAAGACUAAAUUAUUAUAUUUCAAUUCUCAGAGUAUAAAGUAUUUACAUAUGCAAUAUCGAGGUAAAAGUCUCAUUAAUUAUGUACAACAACAUUGAACGUUCUUCUCUCGUGUAUAUUCAUCAGGUCCCUCGAUUCUCUAUUUUAAUCAAUUCUAUCAUUCGUAUUAUUAGGUUUGCCACUGUAUUUGUGGAUAGACUUCUGAAAAUAUACUAUUUUAUUCUAUUCGUCUCGAGAUCUUCUACGAUUUACAUCACAUUAUAGUGAGAUUGACGCAUAUUUUCACAAAAUUUCUAUACGUUUUUCACCAUUGUUCUGUACGAAUAGAAAAUUCUGACCGAUUAAUAAGUGGACGUUCCCAUAUACAUAAAUGUCCUAUGAACAGGAAUGUACAUAUAAUAGCAAUUAGAUUUCUUGCGUUUAUUAAGUAUUAUUACAGAUAGCUUCUGAUUUCUAUAAUUGUGACGAUAAGCUCCUAUACGGGUGAUGAUGAACAAGUUUGUAAAGUAUGUUUGUACGAAGUUGGAGGAUCGAAUCACAACUUUGUCAAGUAAAAGUGUUUGGCAAUAGACAGCGUUUCGAACCAACGUGAUUACAGGAAAGAUCGUGUAAUUUGAAAUGACUUCUUUAAUUGCUGCUCGCUAUUUUCUGAGUCUAUGUAACUCGUACGAGUAACUUCUCAUUAGAAGGAUGUAUCAAGUGAUUACUUUAUAAGUAAUAAAAAGAUUUCUGAUUCUCGAA